AUGGCGAAGGUCGCUCCUGGUGUCGUGGUCUUAAUCGCGAUCAUUGCCGCCGCAGCUGUCGUGGCAGUCGCAGCAGCCAUGCACAAGGUCUAUGGUGGCCGUUCGACCACCGACAAGUCUCACGAUGUCGAAGCCACAGACGCUAUGGUUAUGAAUUUCAGCAACGAGCAAUUACACUACAUGCGCGACGUGAGGAUGAGAGGUCAGCUCAAUGCUUAUGGCCUCGCGCCUGCCUACGGAGAAGACUACCAACCGCCUCGUUCCCAAAUCGGAAGGGGUGGUCCAGGGACGGAGACGAGUUUUGGGUUUGGCUAA